AUGAACCCCGAAAAAGCGCGCAAGUUUUCCCUUGUUCGUCAAGCAGUUCGAAACCUCGACAGAGUAGAAAACGAAGGGAUGGAGUCCAUGGAGCUCAAACGUAUUGUUGAUGCCACUGAAAGAAUGCAAAUUGGCAAUUGUGACGCGACCCCAGCUGUGACCAUGGAGGAAGCCGAGGAAAAUCUUUUAGUCGAGCACCAAGAAAUACCUGGGCUUGAUACCCCCGAGUACUGGCAGAGCGUGUUUGAUGUCCUUGGUGAAGAAGCCUCAGAUUGGGACGGCAACUUCGACGAAGAGAGUGAACUAUGA